AUGUUAGAAGGCCUGAGGUUGACAAACUGUACAAGUCGGACAGAUAUCACAGCAGAUGUUUCGUUCCAGUCAAUCAACCUGGACGAAUCAACCCGCCUUGGCGACGGUGAGGAGGUUGAGGAGGAGGGCAAGGCAGAGCGGCAGUUGCAAGAGCAGUUUGCUGUCAGCAAAGCCUUACCAAACUACACAGCCCGUAUCCUUAACCCAGCCGGCAAGCCUCAGCCUAUACACUACACAGGAGAAAUCUACAUCAGCAGUAAGGGAGUCGCCAUGCGCAGCUACCUAGGCCUGCCUAAAAAGACGCGCAAGAAGUUCUUCUCAGAUCCAAGCAGUAGCAACAUCCUCUACCGCUCGGGCGACUCUAGCCAGCUCCUUUCCCACGGCACGUUACUCUGCUUCGGCCGGCUCGAGGGAGACCUGCAGAUCAAGCUCCGCGGCUUGCGUCUCGAGCUCGAGGAGGUUGAGACUGCCCUGCUCGGAGCAUCCAAAGGCCUGCUUUCCACCAUCGUCGUCUCCCGCGAUAGAGACUACUUCAUGCCCGCAGCCAUCAUCCCCCUCAACACCCUCCCUACCAGCCCCAAUGGCAAGUUUGACCGCAAGGCGAUUGCAGCGCUCGCCCCGCCUGCCACCGCUCCCAAUUCAACCGACCAAGUACAGGCUGCCUGGGUCGAGGUGGGAGAAAGAGAAGAAGAGAAAAAAACAAUGAACAUCCGCGAAGGCGAGCUCAGCCUCCUCUGGGAAUGGGUCCUUCCUUCGACCGCGACGAUCGCCAUGGGCCGCGUCACACCCCUGUCGGAAUUUUUCAUGCGCGGAGGCAACUUCAUGCCGGUGAUGCGAUUGCAGGCGCUGAUUAGCGAAUCCAUGGGCGUGAAUGUUAUGACAAGGACGCUGUUCCGCGCUGGCACGUUGAAAGCCAUGGCGAAGGCCGUUUUUUCUCGGAGGGAUGUUCAUGACGCUGCUGCAGCGGAGGGGAGGACGGAGGAGAUGAACUUGGAGAAGGAGACCGAGGUGCCCGAGUGGCUCAAGGGCCGGUUGCAUGAGAUGUCGUCGGUGGAGGAUGACGAAGCUCUGCCUGUGAAAUCCGAGGGCCUUAACGUCGUCUUGACAGGCGCGGCAGGUUUCUUUGGCGGCCGCAUCCUCAACGCACUCCUCCAAUCCCCUGCCGUUCGAACGGUUCACUGCAUCGCGCUUGAUGACGACGACGACGACAACAGCCACAGCUACAGCUAUAGCGACCUGCAGAAGAUCAUCUCCUCCAACACGACCACCAAGACAGUCCAGACCUUCCGCGGCAGCCUCGCGGACCCCAAACUCGGCCUCACGCCCUCCGAGACCCGCCUCAUCGAGGGCCGACGUCAUCAUCCACGCCGGCUCCAGCGGAGUCCCUAG